AUGCUUGCAAUGAUUGACGUCUUAAAUACUGGAUGUAACGCCGCUCCUGAGGUACUAGGAGAUGGCGUUAUUGCCCAUAUUGGCAAUGAUGUGGCGUCUAUGGCCGCAGAAGAUUUCGUAGGACUCAGGCCCUUCAGUACUAUUCGUGAUGGUGGUGACCCAGGAGAUUUCAUAGGACUCGGGCCCGUCGGUACUCGUCGUGAUGUUGGUGUCCUAGGAGAUUUUGUAGGACUUGGGCCUAUUGGUACUCGCCCUGAGACAUUCAAUGGUGGUGUCCCAGGAGAUUUUGUAGGACUCGGGCCCGUCGGUACUCGCCGUGAUGGUGAUGCCCUAAGAGAUUUCGUAGGAUUUGGGCUCGUUAGUACUUGCCGUGAUGGUGGUGUCCCAAGAGAUUUCGUAGGACUCGGUCCCGUCUGUACUCUCCGUAAUGGUGGUGUCCUAGGAGAUUUGGUAGGACUCGGUCCCGUCGGUACUCGCCGUAAUGGUGGUGUCCCAGGAGAUUUCGUAGGACUCGGGCCCGUCGGUACUCGCCGUAAUGGUGGUGUCCCAGGAGAUUUCGUAGGAUUCGGGCCCGUCGGUACUCGCCGUGAUGGUGAUGUCCCAAGAGAUUUCGUAGGAUUUGGGCUCGUUGGUACUUGCCGUGAUGGUGGUGUCCCAGGAGAUUUCGUAGGACUCGGUCCCGUCGGUACUCGCCGUAAUGGUGGUGUCCCAGGAGAUUUGGUAGGACUCGGUCCUGUCGGUACUCGCCGUAAUGGUGGUGUCCCAGGAGAUUUCGUAGGAUUUGGGCCUGUUGGUGGUGUCCCAAGAGUUUUCGAAGGACUUAGCCCUGUUAGAACUCGUUGUGAUGGUGGUAUCCCAAGAGAUUUCGUAGGACUUGGGCUCGUUGGUACUCGUUGUGAUGGUGGUGUCUCAGGAGAUUUCGUAGGAUUCGGGGUCGUUGGUACUUGCCAUGAGACAUUCAAUAGUGGUGUUCCAGGAGAUUUCGUAGGAUUCGGGCCUAUUGGUACUCGUCGUGAAACAUUCAAUGGUGGUGUCCCAGGAGAUUCCGUAAGAUUCGGCCCCGUUGGUGAUGAAGUUUCUAAUGAGAAAAGUGUCUCAGGAGGUUGGGCAUGA